CCACGGGGACAGAACACAGGGGGACAUUCAGACCGUUUUCUAGGCUACGCUUCUUCUCGACCCUUUUUGUGCUUUGAAUAACCAUGUGGCAAAUUCAUCCCUGGAAUGCGAUUAAUGGAGAGCUUGUUCAGGUUGAUACUGUCACUAGAUGUCCAGUCGAAUGUCAUACGUGGAAUGGGGCGGCGAAACUCCACUUUUAUUUCUCCUAACAUCGAGAGUGACUUUGUGACACGGCUUGAAAGGCGUUCAGCAAACCGAUACCAGCCCAUGGAACAAGAAUGAAAACAAGGUACUUAUUACAGAGACUCAGAAGAAAGCAGUUCAUUCCUUCACUCCUGUCACUGCUGACUCUGUGUGUCCUGCUAUUGGUCAGUGUGAAAUACAGCUACAUCACCAACUCUUUACCUCCGCCAGCAGCUUCAGAUGACAUUCAGACAUUUCACAAAUACAGUAUUAACUGUUCGGCUAUAUAUGACAUGGACCCAGUGGAGGUGGGUAAGUCGCUGAUCAUCAGAAGGAAACAAAUUGUGGAGGACAAGGAUGAAAGUCUGGCUAACCUCACCUUAAAUUGCCCAUUAUUCAUCAAGUCCAGAGGUUAUGAUGAUGUGUGCAUGUCAGAGGAGGAGAAUGACUUUCCUGUUGCUUAUUCGCUGGUUGUUCAUAAAUCUGCAUGGAUGGUAGAGAGACUCAUCAAAGCGUUGUACUCACCCAGUAAUAUCUACUGCAUCCACUAUGAUCAGAAGUCUUCAGCUAAAUUCAUCUCAGCCAUGGAGGGUUUAGCUCGCUGUUUACCCAAUGUCUUCAUCGCUUCCAAGCGAGAGUCUGUCUUCUAUGCAAGCAUCAGUCGACUGAAAGCUGAUCUCAACUGUCUGUCUGACCUUUUGCAGUCAGAAGUCAAGUGGAAGUAUGUCAUCAACCUCUGUGGCCAAGAUUUCCCCCUCAGGUCCAAUAUCGAGCUGGUGUCAGAACUUAAGAAGUUGAAAGGAGAUAAUAUGCUGGAGACAAGCCGACCCUCUCAGUCUAAGAAACAGAGGUUCAGUUUUCACUAUGAGCUGAGGGAUGCCAACUUUGAAUAUCAAAAACUGCCCGUGAGAACAGAGCAGAUAAAGACCCCACCACCACACAGUAUUGAGAUGUUCUCCGGCAAUGCCUACUUUGUCUUGUCACGAGACUUUGUUAGGCACAUGAACUCCUCAGUUGUGGUGAAAGAUUUUCUGGCCUGGUCGGAGGACACCUACUCACCAGAUGAACACUUCUGGGCCACACUUGUGCGACUGCCAGGUGUACCCGGGGCGGUGCCCAGAUCCCGGCCUGACAUCUCUGACCUUAUGAGUAAAACCAGGUUGGUGAAGUGGCACUACCUGGAGGAGAACCUCUACCCACCUUGCACAGGGCAACACAUUCGCAGCGUUUGUAUUUUUGGUGCGGCGGAAAUGCGUUGGUUACUCAACUAUGGUCACUGGUUUGCCAAUAAGUUUGACCCCAAAGUGGACCCCAUUAUCAUUCAGUGCCUUGAGGAGAAGCUGGAGCAAAAACAAAAGUUAUUCCAAUCAGUGGCAUCUUAUAAUUGUCAUAAGGGUUAACCAAAAUCUGCAGUGUACUGCAGAGCAGCAGUGAAAGUGAAUUAGUGGAUUUAUCAAUUUUGAGUAAUAUUUCAAGCGAAAUGUCGCACCUUUUAUAUUUUUAGCUUCUCAAAUGAGAUGUUUUUUGUCUUACAUGAUUUGAAAUGACUGUUGAUUGAACAAAACAAAACAAAAACUUGUUAUUAUUUUGGGUUUUAAAAUAUGGUGAAGAAACAAUUUCAUACAGUUUUCUGUUGUUUUAUAAACCAAACAAUUAAUGGAUAAUGAAAAUAAUUAUUUGUAGCCAUGGACAAU